AGCAGCCUCUAAAGCCGCUCGGCGAUCGCCGAGAUUUCAGUUCACAUUCCGACGAGCUCCGAGAAGUCUCAAGUGCGAAUCAAGCGGAGCAGGAGACGCCCAUCAACAAUUUAUGUGACGACCAUGGCUGUCAUCAUCAGCUGCCUAUUACUUCUCCUAGCGUCAGUGGCGCAGUCCAAGACCUUGGGCUACGAUGCCGCUGCCGAUCGCAAUUUGCUGGCCGCCGAUCUGUACAACGCCGUGGGCGCAGAUCACCUGAACGAGAACCUGGUCAUCUCGCCGGCCACCAUCCAGAGCUCCAUGGCGCUGGCCUUCGUGGGGGCCAAGGGUCAGACGGCGUCGGAGCUGCAGCAGGGCCUGCGGCUCGGGCCCGGGGAUGCGGAUGCGGUGAGCCAGCGCAGCGGCAGCUACCAGCAGUCCCUGACCCGCGACAACAACUUCCGCCUGGCCAACAACAUCUACAUCAACGAGAACCUGGAGUACAAGGGCUCCUUCCGGGACGUGGCCCGGCGGCAGUUCGACUCGAACAUCGACAAGCUGGACUUCCACCCGCCGUACAACAAGCGCACUGCGGACGGCAUCAACCGGGAGGUGGCCACCAAGACCAACGGCAAGAUCACAGACAUCCUGCGCUCCGAGCUGCUCAAUGAUCGCACCGAGGGCGUGAUUGUCAAUGGCGUCACCUACUCCGCCGCCUGGCAGAAGUCCUUCAAGCUGGACAAGACCGAGAAGCGAUCCUUCCGCACCGGCAACGGGCAGUCCGUCAAGGUGGACACCAUGUGGACGCUGCAGAACUUCAACUACGCCGAGGUCAACUCCCUAGACGCCAAGGUCGUGGAGCUGCCCUACCAGAACGCCGACUUCUCCAUGCUGCUGCUGCUGCCCAAUCGCAAGGAUGGACUGAGAUCCCUGCAGCAGUCGCUGUCCGGCAAGGAUCUGCUGGCCGAGAUCGGGGCCAUGAGCCAGCACAAGGUGGAGGUGCAGCUGCCCAAGUUCAGCGUCACCUUUGGUGUGAGCUUGGAGGGAGCCUUCAAGAAGCUGGGUGUCCACACUAUGUUCUCGAGGGACGGAGACUUCAGCAACAUGUACCGCAUGUUCGUGAGCCAUUUUAUCAACGCAGUGGAGCACAAGGCCAAUGUGGAGGUUACGGAAGCGGGACUCGAGCAGCCCCUGGAAACCGGAUUGCUGAAGGGCCUCUUCUCCCGCACCAAGAAGUUCGAGGCGGAUCACCCGUUUGUGUUUGCCAUCAAGUACAAGGACUCGAUCGCCUUCAUUGGACACAUCGCCAACUACGCCUACGUCUGAGCUCGACCAGGGAAACAGGGUUUAUUAUUCAGUUGAUAAUUUUGUUUAUAACAGUGAAAUACUCCCCUAAUUUGAAGCAAAAUAAAUGCUCAAUGCAA